UAGUACCACGCUGCCUACUAUUUCUGGAAGGGGCAGUGAGUGAAACUGACGAAAUAUUCCCACAACAUUACGCUUUCAUUGUAUUUUCCCUGAGCAGCAAUGUUUACUAAACUAUUAUCUGUAAACAACAACGUUUUCAAAUGUUUGAAAACUCUCCAAGUCCGCUCUGCUCGAGGCUUUAGCAUUGGAGCUUCGUGCCUCGGUUCAGUGAGUUUAAAGGGUCGCAGCUGUCUCACUCUGAAAGACUUCAGCUCAGAUGAAAUCAAGACGCUGCUGUGGGUGUCUGCAGAUCUGAAACAUCGGAUCAAACAUGAAAAACAGUAUCUUCCUCUUCUGCAAGGAAAGUCUAUUGCUAUGAUAUUUGAGAAGAGGAGCACCAGAACAAGAAUGUCCACAGAGACAGGUUUUGCUUUGCUUGGCGGACACCCCUGUUUCCUCACCUCUCAGGACAUCCACCUGGGUGUCAAUGAGAGCAGCACAGACACAGCAAGGGUUCUCUCAGGUCUCUGCGAUAUUGUCUUGGCUCGCGUGUACAGCCACUCCACGCUGGAGGAGCUGGAUAAGGAGGCCUCCAUCCCCAUCAUCAACGGUCUGUCUGACCUCUACCACCCAAUCCAGAUUCUGGCUGACUUCCUUACUUUACAGGAGCAUUAUGGGUCCCUCAGUGGACUAACAGUGAGCUGGAUUGGAGAUGGGAACAACGUCCUGCACUCCUUUAUGAUGUCUGCAGCUAAAUUGGGAGUUCAUCUUAAGAUUGCUACCCCAAAGGGGUAUGAGCCAGACAGGAGUGUUCUUCAAGAGGCACAAAGACUCUCCAGAGAGCAUGGGACCCAGCUUGUUCUGACCUCUGACCCAAGGGAGGCUGCAACCGGCAGCGAUGUUUUGGUUACCGACACCUGGGUCAGCAUGGGACAGGAAGAAGAGAAGAAAAAGAGACUUAAAGACUUUAAAGGUUACCAGAUUACAAUGCAGACAGGAAGUGUGUCCAAACCAGACUGGACCUUCCUGCAUUGUCUCCCUCGGAAAAUGGAGGAGGUGGAUGACGAGGUAUUCUACUCAUCCCGCUCCCUCGUCUUCCCCGAGGCAGAGAACAGAAAGUGGACAAUCAUGGGUCUGAUGGUGUCUCUUCUGACUGACUACACUCCACAGAUGCCUAUGCUCAAGUUUUAACUUCAGCUCCAAGUUUUGGAGUUUUACUCGUCUGUCAUGAUGUAUGACAGUCCUGAUGUAGCUGCCUCUGUAAAGUUUAAUGUCAGAUUUUACUUAUUGAUAGCACCAUCACAAUGCUACAUGGGUUACCCCAAAAUAAUAGUGUUUACAUUGUUUAAGUCACUUUAUGUUUUAGAGCAUGGAUAUCAUUGUUUGCUUUAUUCAGCUGUUCAGUUAUAGGUCAAAAUUAUCUGUUUACAUUCUACUUUUAAUGUGAUGAGGGGCGAGGAUUACAACGUGUGUGAGUUUUACAGUGGAAAUGUGUUUGACAUGUGUUACUGACAAGGAAAAAGAUUACUGAGCUUUUCCUCUACUUGCAUAAUGUUGUCGUGACUUCUCUACGAUCUCCACCAGCAUUGAAAAUUUGAAGGAGAAAAUGCGGUCGGUCCUAGCUGACUCCUUGCAGUCUCUACAUGGCAUUAACACAGCCGCUGUAACUCUAACAUGAAGUUACAUUUUUAAGGAAAUGCCCAUUGGUCACUGUGCCUAAGCCCAGUAAAUGCACAAGUAUAAAUCCAGCUUUACAGCCCAAAUCCUUGUUUACAUCACACAAGGUUCCAAUUGCAUGGCAUGGGCACCCUGGUGACCCAGUGAUCUAAGACAUAUACCAAAGUAUACCCCUCUCUCCUCACCUGUGUGCCUCUGUUGUAUACUAUCUAAUAAAAGCUAAAUGCCAAAAA